AUGAAGAAUAGACAGGAACCACCAAAACUUCCGUCACUGAAAAGAACAGUUAGUGUGAUAAGCGGAGGAGAUGAGGUAAAUGGUGUGGCAUAUACAACUACAAAAAAGGUGUCAAAAGUCACAGUUACCCACGAAAAGCAAGUUCGCCAAGUUUUGGAAGAAGACAGUAUAACAUUUGAUGAUGCAGAUGUAGAUGUGGUAAACGAGAUGCAAGUUGAUGACAAAUUGGUACCCAAAGCACGUACCUUAUCUGGAUUUGACAAUUCAAGCAUUGUUACAAAAGGGAAGAUAAUGCUUACCACAUUCGCAGAAGGAGUAGUCAAGGAUACGAAAUUUCAAGUAAUAAAUAUGGACAUGGCAUACAAUAUGAUCCUCGACAGACCUUGGAUUCACAAGAUGGAUGUUGUUCCGUCUACUUUGCAUCAGGUUAUUAAGUUCCCUUCGCAAUGGGAAAUUAGACAAAUUCGUGGUGAUCAACAAGCUUCUAAAAAUGUAGACUCAAGGCCUGAUACUAUUCAAGAGCCAGAAAAGAACAAAAACAUCAAAACAAUAAUUGAGGAACUCGAAGCUGUUGUGCUGUUUAUACAUUGGUCGAACAGAAAAGUUUAUAUCGGAACCAACCUGAGCCUAGAGAUGAAAGAUAUGAUAGGUAUACCACCAGAGGUGAUGACCCAUAAGCUGAAUGAAGAUCCAACAUACCCAUCUGUCAAACAGAAGAAAAGGAAGCAAGGAUCCUUCAAAAACCAAGUGAUUCAGGAUGAGCAAAGCCAAUUUGAGUGGACUGAGGAAUGCCAACAAGCACUCAAAAAUCUAAAAACAUACUUGUCAAACCCACCGUUGUUGGCUAAACCGAAGGAUGGAGAAAGGUUACUCAUCUACCUCACUGUGUCAAAAAUGGAGAUUCCCAAGGAAGAAAAUAUUGAAGCAGACACGCUAGCUAAUCUUGCAUCCACUGUAGAAGUGACGAAUGAAGAAAAUGCUUUUGUAAUACAGUAG